AUGAUGCUAAACCGGCAGAAUGGACAGCCGCCACAGUUUCCUGGUCAAACCUAUCAGCAACAGAUGCACGCAAGCCAAAUGCCUGGUGGUGUCAGUGGUGCACCGCCUACUGGUGCUCAAUACAUGGGAGGGCAAGCUGGGCAAGCAUAUCGUCCACAGACGUCAUCUUAUGAAGAAGAAUUUGCGCGGGUAAAAGCUAUGAUGAUGCAGCACAUGGAUUUGAUACCCCCGCCAAUGGAGGUACUUCGGAUUUCGAUGAGCCAGAGUGCAAGUCAGCAGAACAUGGCUAUGGGUACAAACACAUUUAUGCAGCAACGCGGCAAUCCAGCAUUGAACCGGGGGAGUAAUACUGCGGGUGCAGCAUACGCUCAAUAUGGUAAUCAAAAUAUGAUGAUGGGAGGUCCGCAGCAGAACCCACAGCAAGCGGGUAUGAUGAACGCUGCGCGCAUGCGCGCGGCUCAAAUGGCUCAGCAGCAGGCUCAACAACGUGUCUCUGGUGUUCGUACACCUGGUGGUGGCAACGAUACGCAGUCUGCUUGGCAGUCGGAGAAUGAUCUUCCUUUGCGUCGAAAGAUGAUUGGCAAAAUUGUCAGUCUAUUGCAGCAACGGAAACCGGACGCGCCUGCGGAGUGGAUCCGACGGCUUCCAGAUAUGGCGAGAAGGCUGGAAGACUCGUUGUACCGUACGGCAAAAAAUCGGGAUGAAUAUGGUGACUUCUCGUCCCUUAAAACUCGACUACAACAUUUGGCAGUCACUAUGGGUGCACGGGCUCAGCACAAGGCUGGCGGAAAUCCUCGGGCACCCGGGGCCGGAGGUACUCCAGGAAGUGCUGCAGGGGCUGCUGGCAACGGGGCGAUGAUGACCGGCAAUGUGCCGCCAGGCAUGGCAAUGAAUCCGGGAGCUGGCGGCAUGGGCGCUCAAGGCCACGUAGUGGGUAAUAUGCCUUACGGAAAUCGAAUGACUCAGCAGCAGCUUAUGCAGCAGCAACAUUUGCAAAUGCAAAUGCAGCAGAAUCCCCAGAUGCGGCAGCAACUGACCCCACAGCAACUGCAGCAAUUCCAGGAAGCCCAACUGCAGCGACGGCAGCUUCAAAUGCAGCAAGCGCAGCAACAAGCCCAGCUGCAGCGGCAAAACUCGCUGCAACAACAGCAGUAUCAACAGAACCAAGCGCUUCAACGUCAAAACUCGAUGCGGCAAAUGCAGCAGCAGCAAAUGCAACAGCAGAUGCAGCAACGGCAAAACCCGAAUUUCCUACAACAACAACAAGCCCAAGCUCAAGCUCAAGCUCAAGCUCAAGCUCAAGCUCAAGCUCAAGCACAAGCGCAAGCUCAAGCACAAGCUCAAGCCCAAGCUCAAGCGCAGGCUCAAGCUCAAGCUCAAGCUCAAGCUCAAGCUCAAGCUCGUGUACAAGCCCAAGCUCAAUCUCAGCGGAACGGUACAGCCACCGGUAGUGCUAGUCAACAGCGCUCGAGUAAUGAUAUGAGUCUCGGCGAGUCCUCGGAUUUUUUAAAUCUUGAUCUGUCAUCUUCAUUGCUUGGUUCGGAUGAUUUGCAUGGUGAAGGCAACUCUGGACUCGCUGGAGGGGAUGGCAUGAAGAAUGGAAGUAACGAAUCUACUCAAAUCGGCGGUCAAAAGCGAACUCUUUCACAAUCUCAGCAGCAAAUGGCAGCUGCAGCAAAUGCAGCAGCUUUUAAGCGCACAAAAGUAGGGAGCACUACCGGCCAGACCGGGAGUCAGCCAAAUUCAACUCCAAACCAACACCAUCCUGGCGCUACAGCAGGAUCACAAGCCUCUCAGCCAUCCCAAACACCAAUGCAAAAGCCUGCCUCUGGUACAAGUGGCUCCUCAAAGACCCCACCAAUGAGUACUGUGAAUGCCAAGUAA